GCUGGGAGUUGUAGUCGUCCACGCUGGGAGGGGCACGCGGAAGUGGGUUUCAUUCUCCAGUCCUGACUUUUGCUUCGGGUCUCUGCUGCAGUGGUGCAGGCAGAUGACGGUUGCGGUUUAAUUUCUCUAGUUUAAAAAACGCUAUGGGCUACCGAAGCGUCAGUUACUGGCGACUGUGGGAGGGCGGGAACGGACGGCACAGGGGGAGGGAGGUCCGUGCGGCGCGUGCGUGACCCCGACGUAACCUCGGAGCCCUGAGUUUAGCGGGAUUUCUGAACUCGGCAGCCGCUGGAGAAGUGAGCGGGAGAGCGCGCGCUGGGGGCGGGAUCGGACAAGCCCGGACUCGGAGCUCGCGGACCGUAUUGGAGGACAAUGGCCAUGCAGAUGCAAUUUGAAGCUAGUGCAGACACCUCUGUGGAAGAAGAGAACAUUGGCCCACAGCCCAUUUCACGACUGGAGCAAUGUGGCAUAAAUGCGAAUGACUUGAAGAAAUUGGAAGAAGCUGGAUAUCACACCGUUGAGGCCGUUGCCUAUGCACCAAAGAAGGAACUAAUAAAUAUUAAAGGCAUUAGUGAAGCCAAAGCUGAUAAGAUCCUGGCUGAGGCAGCUAAAUUGGUCCCAAUGGGUUUCACCACUGCAACUGAAUUUCAUCAGCAACGGUCAGAAAUGAUACAGAUCACCACUGGCUCCAAAGAGCUCGAUAAGCUACUACAAGGUGGGAUUGAGACUGGGUCCAUCACAGAGAUAUUUGGGGAAUUUCGAACUGGGAAGACACAGAUUUGUCACACACUGGCUGUAACCUGUCAGCUCCCCAUAGACCGAGGUGGUGGUGAAGGGAAGGCCAUGUACAUUGAUACUGAGGGAACCUUCCGGCCAGAGCGAUUGCUGGCAGUGGCUGAAAGGUAUGGCCUGUCUGGCAGUGAUGUCCUGGAUAACGUGGCGUACGCUCGAGGCUUCAACACUGACCACCAAACCCAGCUCCUCUAUCAGGCUUCAGCCAUGAUGGUUGAGUCCAGGUAUGCGUUGUUAAUUGUGGAUAGUGCUACAGCCCUCUAUCGGACGGAUUACUCUGGCCGAGGGGAGCUAUCAGCCAGACAGAUGCACUUAGCAAGGUUCCUUCGGAUGCUGCUGCGACUUGCUGAUGAGUUUGGUGUGGCAGUGGUGAUCACUAAUCAGGUGGUAGCCCAAGUAGAUGGGGCAGCUAUGUUUGCUGCAGAUCCCAAAAAACCCAUCGGAGGAAACAUCAUUGCACAUGCCUCAACAACCAGGCUGUACCUAAGGAAAGGACGAGGAGAAACCAGGAUUUGCAAGAUCUAUGACUCUCCCUGCCUUCCUGAGGCUGAAGCUAUGUUUGCCAUUAAUGCUGAUGGAGUGGGAGAUGCCAAAGACUGAGGCACUACUUUGAUUUCGUUUAUAGAACUUGUGUUUCCUUACAAAGAGGACUGUUCCCUGGUGUCCUUCACAGGCCUUUUCCUGUUGUGACGGCCCCAGAAGAGACUUCCAGGAGACUUCCGUGAAAACAGCCAUUGUAUUUGCCCAUCUGAAGGUGUAAACAGGAGACAGGUCAGCAGUCAGGAACCCUAAUCUGAAAUGUUGAUUCCUUCUGAGUUUACUGAUCUCUACGUGAUUUCUCUGGCCCGUGGUUGGGGAGAAAAGGGGGUGUGGGAUGGUGAGAAGCAGCUCUUCUCAUAACAAUAUCUUUAGGUGGGCAUAAGAUUUCCAUUUGUCUGGAAUGUCUUUUUUUUUUUUUUAUACAUGUGACCAAAACUGGACUAAGAAAUUGAAAAAACUGGGCUCUUUUCCCCCCACUGUCUUUAAUGAUGAAAAUUAAGUGACCCAGGGCUAUAACACAAAGGUGUCAAAUAAUCCCUUACUUACCCCAAGCUUCUCAUAGGGUCUUGUUUCUCUGACAGUAAAAUUCACCUGGAAGUUGUUAGGCAUCUGAGUUAGUGUUGGGAUUUUGUAUAUAAGUAUUUGUACCCAUUGAGGGAAGUCUGUUUCUUUUAAGGUAAAGGAGUCUUGAGUUGGAGGCCUGGAUUUAUGAGGCCACUUGCUUGGUCCCAAUUCAGCUCUUCCUUUACUGCUUGCAGUAAAGUUCUGGGCAUUUCAGGAGCCUUUGCAAAGGGAUUUGAGCCCCAAAAUGAAAUAUAUGCUGGAGAUUGAUUUUUGAGGCCAUCUUAUAUUAGGUAAAUUAAACAUCCUAUGUUGAGGCCUUAUGUUAGCUAAAUAUUCUAAGGUAAGUUUUCUCUACCACCUUGCUAUUGAUGUUAUUUACUGCUGAGUUCAGUGGAAUGGGGCAUAUAUUUAGGGUCUUGCUAAAAAAUAUAGAUGAGCAGCCAUGAGGGGAAUGGGAAAAGGGGCAGAAUCACUGUCUUUAUUUAGUAAAUUGCUAGGGGUGGGGUAAGAGAAGAGUGGAACAUGGUCACAGAACAUAGGGCUUUUCAUUGUGGUUGUAUGAGGGCUGCCCCUUCCCCAAACCACAGAGCUUUUUCACUGCAGGUUCCAGUGCUAUUUUGAAACCAUUUCUUUUCUUUUCCUUCCAGCCAAAAUAUAACCCCAAUUUUCUAAUCUUGGUUUUAAAAGGCUUGCAAUAUGGGGGAAAGGAUAUAUUCAGAAAUGAACAUGAUGUAAAAACAAAAAUACAUCAAUAAAACAGCUCCAAGGACUCCUUGACUAACCAGGUGGAAUGUCAGUAUUGGGAAGUGACAGGAUACCUUUUCUCUAGAAUGUAAGCUGCCCAUUGCAUAAAUAUACCACUAAGCCAUCUCUUGACCUACAACAUGGACAGUCACCUUCACAAAUCUUUUAACAUUUUACUUCUGCUCCCUGGUAGUGUACCUGAAAGGAUUGUGCUCUAUGGGUAGGAAAACAAGAUGCCAAAUGAGUCCAGUUCUCCCAGGAUUCAUGGGGAGGUGAUGAAGUCAGAAUCAUAAUAUUCACAAAAUUCCAGUCUUUGCUUUCCUUGGGUUGGAGUUCUCGGGUCAGUGCACUGGAGUAGGUUGUGUUUAGGGAACCAGGUGGUCAACCUAGAACUUUUUGUCUUCAACUCGUGUCUGUCUGUCUCCUUCCCUCCCUCCCCCUCUCCCUCUCUCCCCCCCCCCUUCUCUCUCCCCCUCUCCUCAACUGCAGAGGCCUCAGCAUGCCUUCAUAUGACACUACUGACAUGGAAUCUAGGCUUCCUGAGGAAGUAAGGAAAGAGGAUGGGUUAGGGGGAGGGGAGGUUUAUACUUCAGUCUUUCUGUCUAUAGCAAUUGACAGUUCUCACCCUGGCUGGCCCUCUCAGAUUCCAUUUUCCUGCUGGCUGCUCUUCUGUUAGAUAGGCAAAACUAUAUCUUCCAGACCCUUAAAUGAGAUGCUUGGUUAGAUCUGUGUUCUUCAGUAUAAGGUGUCUGCAUUGCUGCUUUAUCUAAACUUGCUAGAUGCUUAACCAACAUGAUUUGUAAGGGAAUGUCCUCUGUAACUUCAGAACGAAUGUCUUUACUGCUUCAGGUUUUCAAACAAAAUAUUAAAACAUUGUUGUGUAUGAAAA